CACGGCCUGGCAACAAACUUCACGCCGGGAUUCUCCUGGCAACAACUUGCUCUGCAAGACAGAAGCAAGGCGGAAAAAAAAUAUGAUUGGUCCCAAGCCUCCGCCAAUAGCUCGCGCCCCACAGUCGUCGCCUCUGGGGCUCUCAGUCUCAGCGCAGAACGUAACUGAGAGCCUGGGAAGCGCCCAGAGGACAUUUGUGUAGCUGGGCGGCCGCCACUUUUCCCUCCUCGCUGCUGCAGCUUCUCAUCCGCUACUGUAGGGAUGUGGUGGAGGGCGCUUCGUCGACACGCCCUGCCCACCUACUGCGUGGCUCUGCUCGCCACUUUGUGCUGCUGCCUACGCGGGGCAGCCUCAGAUAACAAUGUCUUCACCAUCCGCCAUGAAAAAACUAAGAAGUGCAUCCAAGUUAAAAACCUGAAGAUAUUAUCAGGAGACUGCCAAGGGACAAAAGAGGCCUUAUGGACAUGGGUCUCCCAACACCGUCUUUUUAACCUGGGGUCCCAAACCUGCCUCGGACUAGAUGUUGCCAAAUCCCAAAACCCUUUGAAAAUGAUGGAUUGUGACUCAGACUCAAGCCUGAGGCUCUGGUGGAAGUGUACUGGUGCCUCCAUACAUUCAGCAUCCCAGAAGAAGCUGACUUUACAGGAUGGGAUUGUGACUGCAAGCAUAAAUGCUUCUGAUACCUGGAGAAGAAGUAAUUCCAGUGAUGUGAUCUGUAAAUUCCCUUACCGUGAGACGUAUACCAGGGACGGAAACUCUAAUGGAAAGCAAUGUGAAUUUCCCUUCCUAGUUAAUAAGACAUGGCAUCAUGAUUGUAUCCACAAUGAAACAUUCAUAGGUGGUGAAUGGUGUUCCACAACCACCAAUUUCAAUGAAGAUAGAAAAUGGGGCUUCUGCUUAAAGCCAGAGGAUGGUUGUCAGAAUACUUGGGAACCUGGUACAGAUCUGGGAAGUUGCUACCAGGUAAAUACACGGGCUACCCUUUCUUGGAAAGAAGCUUAUCUAUCAUGUCAGAGGCAAGGUGGCGAUUUGCUGAGCAUCACCAGCAAGUCUGAGUUAAACUACAUACAAGCUAGAGAUGACAUUGCAGAGAUGUUUUGGAUUGGAUUAAAUCAACGAGAUAUUUCUGGAGGAUGGCAGUGGUCAGAUCAUACACCGUUGAAUUUCCUGAACUGGGAUCCAGAGAUGCAAGAUGAUUCUCCACUCUAUGGUUUUGGUUGUGUGGCUAUGACUGCUGACACAGGCCAGUGGAAGAGUUAUCCCUGUGAGACUGUACUUCCUUAUGUCUGCAAGAAACAAUUCAACAAUACCAAAUCAGAGAUUCCAGGUGGUCAAACCUAUGUGGAGACCCUGUGUGAUUCUGGCUGGUUUCCUCACAAUGGAUUUUGCUAUAGUCUAUGGAACGAGACUGCUUCCUGGGAAGAUGCGAAGAAAUUAUGCCAAGCAAACAAUACUGACUUAAUCAGCAUACAUUCCUUAGCGGAUGUUGAGUUAGUUGUUACAAAACUUCAUAAUGAAAUGAGAGACAAAAUAUGGAUGGGUUUCUUUAAUAUGGAUACUCCAGCCCUCUUUGAGUGGUCAGACGGUUCCAAAGUUGUGUUCACUUACUGGGCUCAGAAUGAACCAAAAAUUCCCACCAACAGCACCCCUAAUUGUGUAGCCUAUUCAGGAGAGUUGGGCCGAUGGAGCGUUCUACCUUGUGAAGAGAAACUUAAAUAUGUGUGCAUGAAAAAAGGAAAGGUUUUGAAUGAAACAAAAUCUGAUAAAGAUUGUCCUUCAGAUGAGGAAUGGAAGAGGCAUGGAGAUUUUUGUUACAAAGUUGAGAAGACUGAAGUAUCAUUUGGAAGCCAUUGCAACCUCACUAUAACAAACAGAUUUGAGCAAGAAUUCAUAAACAGUUUGAUUAGAAAGCAUUACAGAAUUGAAGAAGAAAAGUUUUUCUGGACUGGCUUGCUAGAUACCACCUCUUCAGGAGAAUAUAGCUGGGGAAGUACAAAUGGGAAGAAUGAAAUGCUGACAUACACUAACUGGAAUAAUCUUCAUCCAGCAUUUCGUGGAGGAUGUGUGGCUAUGUCAGGUGGAAGACACCUUGGAAAGUGGGAGGUCAAGGAUUGCAAAACAUUUACAGCUUAUUCUAUUUGCAAGAAAUACAUUGGGCCUCAAAAAAAAUCAAAAGUACUGCCUAAGGUCACUGACCCUUGUCCUCUUGGGUGGCACAAUGGAUCAAGUCUUUCAUGUUACAAGUUCUUCCAUAAGGAAAGAGUGCUCAGAACCAGAACCUGGGAAGAAGCAGAGAGAUUCUGUGAGGCUCUUGGAGGACAUCUUCCGAGUUUUAGCCACAUAAUGGAAAUGAAGGACCUCCACGAUAUACUGAGAGAUAUCAUCAGUGAUGACCGAUGGGUGUGGAUUGGACUAAAUAAGAGGAAUCCAGACUCUCUAGGAUCAUGGCAGUGGAGUGACAAUAACCCUGUGUCCACUGUUGUUAUGCCCCCAGAGUUUCAAGAAGAUGACUAUGCUACUAGAGACUGUGCAGCUAUGAAGACUCUCAGAACAAUGAGGCGAGCAGCCUUUUACUAUCUUGGAGAAAGAGAAGAAGAUUUCUACAUAAAACCUUUCCAUUGUGGUACAAAACUUGAAUGGGUGUGCCAGAUUGCUAAGGGUAGUGAGCCAGAAACACCAGAGUGGUACAGACCAGAUGAAGAUGGAAUUCAUGGACUUCCACUGAAUAUUGAUAACUCUGAAUUCUGGUUUAUGCCAAAUAAGCACUUGAGCUAUCAAGAAGCUGCUCUCUACUGUGCUAAGAAUGGAAGUGAUUUGGCCUCUGUGACCACUUUCACAGCACUAACGGGAAUCCUAAACAAAAUAGCAAAUUUAUCAGAUGAGAGGCAGAAUUGGUGGCUGAAAUACACGACUCCUGCAAGUCGCUAUCGUUCACUUUUUUCAGUAUUUUCACACUAUCAUGAGCGACAUUUCAGGAACUGCUGGCAUAUAUCUUAUCAAAGCUGGUACAGAGACAGCACAUUAAGCUGCAGUACAAAGCUUCCCUUCGUUUGUGAAAAGUACAACACAUCGCUUUUGGAAACACAUGAUCCAGAUUAUAGACCACCUCAGACAAAGUGUCCUGACAAUUGGCUUGUUUUUCUGAAUAAGUGUUAUCAAAUAGUGAGCCCUCUGCGUUUAAAAUACCAAAAAGCAAAUGAACAUUGCGAGUCCCUUGGAGGCUUCCUUCCUUCAAUCACAAGCCCAGCUGAACAAGAUUUUAUAAUAUCCUUGCUUCCCAAAAUGCCGAAAGAUGUUUGGAUUGGUUUGCAACUUCGAUUGCAUGUACAGCAACACAAAUGGACAGAUGGUAGUGUCCUGGAAUACACCAACUUCCACCCUUUGUUACAUGGAAGGUUAAGGAAGAUUCGAUAUAACCUGUUUGAUGAAGAGGUGAACAAUCAAUGUGCUUUUUUGCUCAACAAUCCUAAGUUAUCAUAUGUUGGAACUUGGAAUUUCACUUCUUGUGCUGAUGCCUUGUAUGUGGCCAUAUGCCAAGCACCUGCAAAUGGUGUAGAGAGCAAGUCACAGCAAGUGCUUAAUGUCACCAUGAGCUAUUUAAAUGCCACAUAUACCAUAAUUCUGAAGAAUCUGACAUGGUAUGAAGCACAACAGGAGUGCCUAAAGAAUAAUAUGCAUCUGGUUAGCAUCACAGAACAAUACCAGCAGGCUUUUCUUGCUGCUCAAGCUGCCCAUCAUAAUUACCAAAUGUGGAUUGGACUCUUCAGCAAAGAUGGUGGAAAUUAUUAUCACUGGUCUGACAGAAAGCAUGUUCGUUUCAGUCGUUGGUCUGAAGAAGACGAUGACUUAGUUGAUGAUUGUGUGUAUUUGGAUACAGAUGGAUUCUGGAAAACAUCAGAAUGUAACACUGAAAAACCUGGAACAAUCUGCUACUUACCAGAACAUGAAAAUGAAAAAUUGGAAGAAUUUGAAACUAUUACAUGUCCACACAAGGUUAAGAAUACCCCUUGGAUAGCAUUCCAAAACAAUUGUUAUACAUUCAUGAUAACAAAAGACAGAUGGAGAGAAAUGAAAUCAAAUGAAGCUCAUCAUUUAUGCAAGAUUAUGAAUGAAAAUGCUUCUGUCUUGUACAUCAAGGAUGAAAAUGAAAAUGCCUUUGUUGUUGAGCAGCUUCACGCUUUCAGUGGCUUUGCUCAAUGGUUAUGGUUGGGCUUAAUUUAUGAGGCUGAUGAUAAUCUUCUAAAGUGGUAUGAUGAUACGCAGCUGUCUUAUAAUAACUGGAGACUGGGAAGACCAUCUAUAAAGAACAAUAAUUUUGUUGCCGGUGUUAACCAAGAUGGUUUCUGGGAUAUUUACAAUUAUUCUCAUAGCCAGACACCCAUGUAUUUUAAUCACCACAGCGUCCUUGUCUGUAAAAUAGAUAUGGGGCCCAAGGAUGACAAAUUGCCGUUGCCUAAAACACUGCACCAUGGAAAUGACACUUAUUGGAUUGUUCAAAAAAGGCUCAGUUGGUACGAAGCCUGGAGAGAAUGCAAACAACGUGGAAGUGAGUUAGCCAGCAUACAUGAUGAGCCUCAACAAGUGUUUUUGGAAAACAUUGUAAAGAGUGAUGGAUUUCCAUUGUGGUUCGGUUUAUCCAGUCAUAAUGGGAGUGAAUCUGAUCCUGAAUGGUCUGAUGGAAGCACAUUUGACUACAAACCCUGGGAAUAUGAACAUGCACAGUCUUCUGGAAAUUGUUUUUUAUUGGACACGAAAGGAUUUUGGAAUCGUAUGAAAUGCACACAUGAUGUUGAUGGUGCUAUUUGUUACACCCCUUCAAAUGAAAGACCAUCAAAACAAACAGAAAGUGCCACGAAAUGUCCAAAAACUACUAUUGGAUCAUCACACUGGAUACAAUAUAAAGAUCAUUGUUAUGCAUUUGAUAUGGCAUUUUACAAUUUCUCAGUCUAUAGUGCGAAAGAAGCUAAAGAAGUCUGCAAGAAGCUUGAUUCUUCUGCAACACUUUUGACUAUCAAGGAUGAAGAGGAAAAUAAGUUUGUGAUCAAACAUUUAAGAGAACAUUACUUCAUAACUGGAAGAGUAUGGCUUGGAAUGCAUUCUCAAGCUCAGUCCUCAAACUGGCUUGAUGGCUCAGAAGUCAAAUAUACCAACUGGGCAAAGGGAAACGCCAGUGGUGAAUGCAGUGUUUUGUUUUCCACAAAUGGAACAUGGUCCCAAACUGACUGCACACAAGUUCAAAGCAGAGUUGUUUGCAAAGCUCCUCAAGUCUCUAAUCAUACAGGAGGGGCAAUAGCUUUUGCUGUUUUUAUUAUCCUGGCUCUGCUUGCCGGCUUGGUAUUCUACAUGUAUAAAAAGAAACGGCUGCUGUGGGGUGGCUUCUCCUCAGUACGCUACGAGCGGGGGAUGUAUGAAGAUGAAACGGAUAGCAUGUUUACCAGAGAUAGUGACUGAAAAACUAGUCCCACGGGUUGGAUUUAAAUCUCUGGAAUGGGUUGUGUUGGCAUCUUCUCACAGGUUUCAUUUUGGCAAACCUUUGAUGAAUGCAUGAUAGAGGAGGUACAUUCUGACCUCUGGAUACAUUAUCCAUGUUAGUUAAUUGGAAACCUUUUAUUGACAGCAACCUUUUCCCACACUUAAUUGUGAAAUGUCUCUAAUCAACAGUUUCAACUCCAAUCAAACUUUGCACUUUUCAUGGUCUUAAGAUUUGCACAUGCAUUGAGGUAAGAUGUAUGUCCUAUUGGGACAAGCUGCAUCUACCCAUAUGAAGUACAAGAUAGUAAAUGCCUAGAGGAAUCAUUUUGAAAUUAACUUAUUGACCACAAAAUAUAUAACAGCCUUAAUAUAUAAUGUAAAGUGCCUACUUAAUUUUGCUCAAUAACUAUUGAUUACUAAGUUUGAAAAACUCAUCUUUUGAAAUGUGGCCUUUCGAUAAAAGCUCCAGAGGUUGUCACACUGCAGCUGUUCAAAGACAGAAUUCUGCUUUGAGUUCAGUUAUGUUUGUUAUUCUUCAACAAAGCAUGACUUCUCAUCCACCCCCACCCCAGUUAAAAUAGGAACAAAAUAGCAAAAGAAAGUACUUGACUGCAUUUUUCUGUUGUUGUUGUUUAGUAAGCCCUGCACUCUCAACCAUGGACAUAAAUGGGAGCAGCCAAACUGAGAUCAAGGGCUAACUGCAAGCAUAAGAUUUCCCUAGAGUAAACAUUCUGUAGUGACUAGAAACUUUCUGUUGCGUUUUGAGAGUGCUUGAUAUUAGUGCUCAUUUUUAUUCCUUCUGCUGUGCUUAUGCACUCCAAGAGUACUUGAUUUUUAAAAAAUGUAUUAAUAUUUUAAAUUCAUUGCUUGAAAUCUAAAGACACACACACACAUAUGUAUAUAUACAGGGAGAAGGAGAGAGAAAUGGUGUAGGCCCAAACAUUGCCAUGCCCUUACUGAGGCUUCUGUCAUUUUAUUCUUCUGAGUGCAGCUCCUUGCACACUCCAUGGGACUGGGUGACUUUUUUCCACCAUGGCACUACAGAUUUAUUUUUCUAAGGAUGUCUGUAGUGGCAUGGAGAACCAUGUAGAUAGCUUCUGCAUACGAACCGCUCACUUACACAGAGCAAUUCAAAGGAGCCUUUUUACAGUGGCCAUAAAAUCAAGCAGGCCCUUAGCAAGCUGUGAGAGUGUAGUUGUAGAGUACUUAUAUGAAGUGUGUCUCUUUAGUAAGACAACGUAAAGAAGAAGCUUUGUUCUUACAGUAUCUCAUUAAUCUAGUGAAAAUACAUCAGGGAAAUAUUUAACCCAUUGUUCUUAUACUACUACUGACAUUUCCAAAGGAAGGCUAUCAAAGAUAACAGUAAACUAAUGAUUGGUUUAUUGCUAACAUGGCUCUUUUAAAAGGUGGAGUAUGUGUAUAUUUUGAACUCUAACAAUAAUUUUUUUUUAAAAACUACCUUGAAAUGCAGCUUGUUGCCCUGUUGUUAAGCUCAGGGGCUUCCAGACUCCCGUGCAAGUAUGAGCUUACCAUUGCAUACAUGAGAGGCAAUGUUCUCCAUGCACAGGCCUUGCACAUGUGGGACUCUGAAUUAUUGCUCAGUGACCAAGGACAUGUGCUCCAUUUUGCCAUAGGUAGCAAAACAAACAAACAAAAAUCAGUCCAGUUAUGUUUCCUUCUCUGUGGAAACAUGGCCUUUUUCAAACCUGUGGAAUAUGGCGAUAUAUGCACCAGUAAACCUUUUUCCAUGUGUUCAAUAGCUCUUUCCCCAUGUGUUCAAUAGCUGACAUCAGUUUUCUGCUGCAAAAUUCCUCUCUUGGGGCCCUUCUGCAUGCUCAUUUAAACAUGCCACACUUGCAUUUUUGCCACUGACACUUUUUGCCUCGUGUGACUAGCAGCAAAAAUACAGUAACCCGUUUGCACAUAGUAAGGGAGGAGUUAGGUUGCUGUGAGGGCAGCUGUGUAACUGCUGGGCCCCUUUAAAAGAAACAGCUGACUACACAUGUGUUCUCAGUCGUGAGUCAUGCAAUGAGGGAAUGACCAUCUUCCAAAGGAUAUUUUUUUUAAAAUGAAAACUAAAGCUUCACAAAAUGGAACAGGCAUAGCUACUUACUACUUAUGCUUCAAAAAAUAUCCAGUGAUGCCCAUUACACUUCCGCGGUAGUAUUGUACACAACAAUCUCAGUGAUGAAUAUGUUAGUUAGUCUUGCAGUUUCCAAGCCUUGCUCUGUGAGUACUUGGACAUUGUGAUAGCCUUAAGGGACUACAGGGCAACAAAUGAGGAACUGGACAUUUACUGUGUAAAACUGAUUGUGCAGAAGGGCCCUUAACGUGCCUGUUAUGACUAGCACAGGAAUAGUUGUUGAAUCAGAGUGACUGGCAUGUAUAUACAGUAUCCACAGUUCAGAGAAAAUGCACUUUGUCUUUGUUGAAAGCCUAAUUUAAAGAAAUAAAGUGUCCUUAUUGUAGUCCUAAAUAAGAUGGGGAAAUGUAGUUUGUUGUUGUUGUUUUUUAAAUGUGCAUUUUAUAAGAGCCUAUUUCUGACUGGGCCGUAAUAAAAAGAUGCCUGCUGAAUAAAGGGUUGAUGUUUUGACGACAAAGUCAGUCACUUGCUAAGUGGCAGAGAUGGGGGGGGGCUGCACUAACUCCCCUCCACCUUCACCCACACAGGUAGCUGGAACUGGAAAAGAAGCCUGCUUGACUGUACAUGCACAAGCUUGAUACUGCAAAGAUUACCACAUACACAACUCUUAAGUACAAGAUGCUGAGGUUUAACCCAUGUAGCACUCUUCAGCAUUUGCAGUAAUCACCAGGGUUUCAUAUAAUGUUCUAAAUAAGUGUGCUCAACAUUACUGAUUUUAUGGCUAUUUGCACUCAUGGGUUUCUUUUGAUGUGAAUCUACAAACAGAAAGUUUAUUUUAAAUAUUACCAGGGCUGUUCAGUUAUGCAGCGUAUAAGUAGAUAUGCACAAAAUGUCCCAGUGUUUCUAUAAAGUGUCUCUUUUUAUAAUAAUAUAAAAUAUAUACAUUUUGAAAAGUUGUGUUCUUUUUCCCCCUUGGAUGUGUUUAUAAAUAUUGUCUGAAUAAAUGCAAACAUUUUAAUGUAUCUAAUUACCUCUAUUAUUUUGAGUUCAUGGUUAAAGGUACUGGUGGUCACACUCUUAGAAAAUAGUAGUUUCUAAAGUUUCAAGAACAGUUAAAUCAGAUUUCUAAGUGUGAGAAUGGCUCAGUUCUGUUCUUCAAAACAUUUUUGUACUCAGUGUUUUUAAAAAACAUAUUAAAAUGUCUAUGAAUAAAAUAGAGCUUUAAAAGUCAUAUAUUCUGCUACAUUUUUAGGAGACGAGGACAGCAUUAAACAGGUUACAAAGAGAGAUUAAAAAAUCAAAAACAAUUACUUGAAUAGCAUGGACACUGCUCACAGUGUCCUGGUUUUCCUCUGCUUUAGAGAUUGUCAGCACUGCCUGUCCUGACAUCACUGAUAAUCACACAGGACGGUGCACCUGGGCUGAGUCCAGUCCACCUGCUCUUCCUUUUCCUGCCUAACUGGGGGGAAGUUGUGCAACCAGAACUGAGCACUCAUCAUCUGGGAGGUGGUGCAUGCCUGCAUGUCCCAUCUCCAGGUCCGGGAUGUAGCUCUCUCCUCUCUCUCCUCAUUCCUUUUCCACACAAAACAUCAGGGUGCUUCAAAAGCAGAAACUCCUUUCCGCUUCCAGAUUCCACUUGCUUAGAUUGGGGCAGUUGUUUACAGAAAAUGCUUAUAUGUGGGGAAAGGAUCAAGGAGUACCAGACUGGUUUUUGUAGAUACGAAAUGCAGCAGCUGGGAAAUUUCCAUAUGUGACCAGAUGUAAAUUUGAGAUGUAUCUGUGCAUUUUGGAAUAAAUAGAAGUUAUUUAUUUUAACUUUACAUUAAUAAAUCUAUACAAAAUGUUUUGAAUAAAAAUUUUGUUUGAUCA